AUGGCUGUUUUAAAGGGUUACGAUGCACACCCUGAGAACAAUGCCCACUUCCCAGCUGUGAAGCAAAGAGUUGGCUGCACUGGACAUCGAGUUGUAAUGGAAUGUGCACAUAAAGGACUCUGUGCCUCGGAAGAGGAACAGGAAAGUGCAGUGACCUAUGAUGAUGUGCAUGUCAGCUUCACUCAGGACGAGUGGGCUUUACUGGAUCCUUCCAAGAAGUGUCUCUAUAAAGAUGUGAUGCUGGAGACCUACAGGAACCUCAUCGCUAUAGGCUACAAAGAGAAAGACUACAAUAUUAAAGUACAUUGUCAAAGACCUAGAAGACAUGGAAGGCAUGAAAGAAGUCAUAUGGGAAAGAAAACCUAUGAAUGUGAUCACUGUGGGAAAGCCUUCUCAAACCACGGUCAUCUCCAAAUACAUAGAAGAACUCAUACUGGAGAGAAACCUUAUGAAUGUAAUCAAUGUGGUAAAGCCUUUGCACGUAACAGUUAUGUUCAAAGACAUAAAAGGAUUCACACUGGAGAGAAACCCUAUGAAUGUAAUCAAUGCGGGAAAGCCUUUUUACGAUAUGGUGGUCUCCAAAUACAUAAAAGAACUCAUACUGGAGAGAAACCCUAUGAGUGUAGUCAGUGUGGGAAAGCCUUUGCACGUUACAGUCAUGUUCAAAUACAUAAAAGAAUUCAUACUGGAGAGAAGCCUUAUGAAUGCAGUGAAUGUGGUAAAGCCUUUGUGUGUCGCAGUAAUCUCCAGAUACAUAGAAGAGCCCAUACUGGAGAGAAACCCUAUGAAUGUAUACAAUGUGGUAAAGCCUUUUCACAGCACAGUCAUCUCCAAGUUCAUAAAACAACUCAUACUGGAGUGAAACCUCACGUAUGCAAUCAAUGUGGGAAAGCUUUUGCACGUCUUGCUAAUCUUCAAAGGCAUAAAAUAACUCAUACUGGAGUAAAACACUAUGAAUGUAUUCAAUAUUGGCACAAUCGAAAAGCUGGAGAUGGGAUGGAUUCCUGCGAGAGGCUAUUCUGGAAAGUUGUGGUUACCUUCAUGAAGCCUACAAAAUUUAAGCUAAUCAAAUUCCAAGAUGAACAAGGAAUGUGA